AUGUCAAAGCUUCAGGUGAAUCAACUCAAUCAAUUAAGGGAAAUUUUUGCAAAAUUUGACAUGGAUUCGGAUGGCAGCCUAACGAUUUUGGAACUCGCCGCGCUCCUUCGAUCGUUGGGGCUGAAUCCCUCAGGGGACGAAAUCCAUGCCUUGUUAGCCAACAUGGACUCAAAUGGCAAUGGCUUUGUGGAGUUUGAUGAGUUGGUGGAAGCAAUAUUGCAUGACAUAAGUGCAGAGAUUUUGUUGAACCAAGAAAUGCUAUUUGGGGUGUUCAAGUGUUUUGACCGUGAUGGGAACGGUUACAUAACAGCUGCGGAGUUAGCAGGGGCAAUGGCAAAAAUGGGUCAACCCCUUACAUAUAGAGAGCUCACAGAGAUGAUCACAGAGGCUGACACAGAUGGUGAUGGUGUGAUUAGUUUCAAUGAAUUUGCCUCUGUGAUGGGUAGGUCAGCCUCUGACUUCUUAGGCCUUGCAUUGUUGUGACCAGCAGAGAGGUUCCUCAUUGUAAACCACGAUUUUGCGCAUUGGAACAUGUUUCUGUCCUUGAUGUUGUGCUUUGUUGACUUCACAC